GGCGGCCGAGACCCCAGCAGCAGCAGUGAGCGGCAGGAACGGGCGGCCGAGAGGAUGAAGUGCAAGCCGAACCAGACGCGCACCUACGACCCGGAGGGGUUCAAGAAGCGGGCGGCGUGCCUUUGCUUCCGGAGCGAGCUCGAGGACGAGGUGCUGUUAGUGAGUAGCAGUCGGUACCCGGACCGCUGGAUCGUGCCGGGCGGGGGCAUGGAGCCCGAGGAGGAGCCGGGCGGUGCGGCAGUCCGAGAGGUGUACGAAGAGGCGGGCGUCAAGGGGAAGUUAGGCCGGCUCCUGGGCAUUUUCGAACAGAACCAAGACCGCAAGCACAGAACGUACGUGUACGUACUGACUGUCACUGAGAUUCUGGAGGAUUGGGAAGAUUCGGUUAGCAUUGGGAGGAAGCGAGAGUGGUUCAAAAUCGAAGAUGCGAUCAAGGUUCUCCAGUGCCACAAGCCCGUGCAUGCCGAGUAUCUGGAAAAACUAAAGCUGGGCGGUUCCCCGACCAAUGGAAACUCCGUGGCCCGGUCCCUGGCACAGAGCGAUCCUUAAUGAACAGCAAAGAUUUUCAAGAUUGCUGUAAAAGAGUCUUUGAUAUGAAUCAUUGAUCAAUGGAAUUUUCAAGUGGAGGUGAGCAAUUCCAUGUUUCCAAGGAGACAGCUCACCUGACUUUCCUUCUACAUCUUGGGACAUUCCUUACCUGUCUAUUCCACUGACUUCUCUUGCCCUGGUUGUUACUGUUGUACGUGAACAGACUCUUACUUUAACACCUGUAGCCUUUUGUUAUGCUUUUUUGAUGUGUCUGCCUUGGCCAUUAGACUGUGAUAUCCUUGAGAGCAAGGACCAUGUUUCUUUACUCUUUGCAUAUUCUGUAUAUGAAACACCACUGGAAAUAUGAUUGACAUCCCUGAAGGUUCUUUGAUUCGAUUUAUAUUUUGUAAUCACCAUGUGGCAAAACAUUCCCAUUUCAAUCUGGUGCUAGUAGAAUAUAUGCUGUCUAGGCACCAUGUAUGUGGCUUUUCUGUAUCAGGUGUUUCAGAAACUUUUGAAGGCAGUUGUAAGAUGUUCAAGAUGAGAAUUAUUACUCAUAUUUCUAUAUCAUACCACACAGUGGCUAACACCAUUUUGAGAUUACCCCAAUACAUAGGGCAAUAUUUUGUAGAAUCAGUCUUUUGUGAAACAACUUCAGUAUUUUUGUACUGCUGUUACUUUGCUGAAAUUUUAUUCAAAAAUAUCACUUGUUAUAAAACUAACUAUAAAAUAAAUACAAUGAACACAAGAUAAUAUUGUGGAUUUUUAUAAAAAUAAAUUUUAAGAUGAUUUACAAAUGAUAUAUUUAAUGCUUUUGCAAUGCCCAAAGCACUUCUUUCAUGUAAUCUUAACUUCCCUUUGAAGAAGAUUGUUUUUCUCAUUUUAUAAGUUCAGUGUACUGUAUUAUUUGAUGCCAGAGCCAACAAAAACUGCAGUACAGGCAGUUUCCAAAGUUAAUUACACCAGUUACUUUGCCUAGGUUUCUUUUGCAUCUCUUACUGAUUCAGUUUGCCAAUUUUCAACCCCUUUUCCAACACACUCAGCUGACUUCUCAUUCCACCUAUUUUUUGCAUGUGAGAAUGUGAAGGACUGAGAGACAGCUAAAUUGUCACUUAGAAAAGGCGCUGAAAAAAAAAAAAACUUC